AUGCUCGAGCAACUGCGUUCUGCGCCUGUGAUGGCAUUCGCAAUGACCGGUAUAUGGUUAUUAGCCCGCUAUCUCUAUCAGCGUACUGUUCCCUCUCUCCGUAAUGUAAGGGGACCUCCACCCGAAAGUUUCUUUCUUGGCAAUAUACCUCAACUUAUCUCAGAAGAUGGCCACACAUUUCAUACAGAACUCACGCAGAACUACGGAAAAGUUGUCAAGCUCCAUGCUCUUCUUGGGGGAAAGCAUUUGUAUGUCUUUGACCAUGCAGCGAUGGAGGCCAUUCUCUUCCAAGUAGACGCCUUCAACAUGCCAGAUAGUUUUGUUGCGGCAAAUCAUGUAAUGUUCGGCCCUUGUCUUGUUAGUACCACCGGUGCACACCAUCGAAGAUCCCGAAAACUCAUGAACCCGGUGUUUUCACCAUCUCGUCUUCGUGAGCUUGUACCUAUUCUCUAUGGUGUCGCCCAUCAGAGUUCAUCGAAUCUCGUCAAACACUUAUCCCCCGAAACACCAUCUGAAGUAGACAUACUACCCAUAUUAGGAUCGACGGCCCUCGAAUUUAUUGGGCAGGCGGGCUUGGGUCACUCUUUUGCAGAGUCGAAUUCAGACGCGCUCCAUGCGAUGAAGCAAUUGCUGUUCGCCGCAAAACGAAUGAUCAUUCCUAUGCAGAUUUUACCACUUCUCUUGCGCACGAUGUCUCCGGGGCUGCGCCGAAAACUCAUCGACUACGUGCCCCUUCCGGACCUACAUCUGGCAAGGGACCUCGUGGAUAUCCUGGACGGAACGACAAAAACAAUAUUGGCAAAGAAGAAAGAGGGCUUGAGAUUAGGUGACUCGGUUAUAAGAGAACAAAUCGGGCAAGGGAAGGAUAUUACUAGCCUCCUUAUCAAAGCGUGCGACUCUGAGGAUGGACGAAUGACAGAGGAAGAGCUCUUGGGACAGAUGAGUGUAAUCCUCUUCGCAGGGGUUGAUACGACCAGUACCACGGCUGCCAGAUGUCUUCAAGAAUUAUCGAAAAAUCACGUCAUUCAAGGCCGCCUGCGCACGGAGAUUGCCAACGCUAGCAUACACGGCAAUCUUGACUACGAAACCCUUUGUGAUCUUCCCCUUCUCGAUGCAAUCGCCCGCGAAACUUUGCGGAUGUACCCUGCCGCCAUUACUUCUAGUCGCGAAGCUCUGAAAGAUUCGGUGCUCCCGUUGAGUACACCUAUGAUGGGCAUCGACGGAACCCCCAUCGCGGAGGUAUUCGUUCCUAGGGGGACGGUCGUGCAUAUCGGAAUCCGGGCUGCCAACCAAGAUCUCACAGUUUGGGGAGACGACGCCACUGAGUGGAAACCCGAGCGGUGGCUGAAGCCGCCACCCGAUGAGGAUGUGCAGAUUCCUGGGGUGCGUCCCAAACUGAUGACGUUCAUCGGCGGACCAAGAGGAUGCAUUGGUUAUAAAUUCGCUGAAAUAUCUUUGAAGGUUUUACUUGCUGUCCUGAUACAGGACUUCGAAUUCUCGCCUUCCCAAGCUGAAAUCAUCUGGAAGUUGGGCCAGGCAGAAGCACCGACCGUAGAUGGGAAACAGGCCAUGCCAAUCAUGAUGACGGCUAGAGCAUCCUCCUGA